AUGAAUGCGAGCAACAAAGGAAGUAGCCGAACAAGGAACCCUGUAAGAACAAGACAUAGUCUACUUACAAGCACCAGCACGAAGUGGCAAGCACUAAGCCAGGAUGCUCAAGGAUUAUUUUAUAGCAAAUUUAAUGGGGAUAUAAGAAACAAGGAUACAAAGUGGUCCAGGGGGCUCUUUUAUAUUGGAUGUAACGAAGUUUUGCGAAAUAUAGAUAAGAAUAUUGUUGGAGUCAUAUUCACUCAAAAGCUUUUUUCUCUCGGAAUUGGAAAUCAUAUUUUGAUUGCAUGCAAAAUUAGGAAUGUUCCAUGUAUCAUUUUGGCCAAUAAUGGCGAAAUGGUCAAGUGGCAUCCUGGUUCAAGUUUGUCUAUGUCUUGUGUAGGACUUAGAGGAAAAAUUGAACCUGAAAGACUAAAUACUCUUGGUUUAAAAGGAACUGAAUACACAUAUGAGGUUACUAGGUCCUGCCUGGCAAAACUUAUAAAUUCCAGCCAAAGUAAAUUUGAUAUUCCCUACUUAGACAUCAACAGUAAAGAUUCGCCUCAAGUUCAAAUUCAGCUUCCAAGCAUCCAUACAUUGGUGGUAGAUCCUAAAAUUGAGUAUCCUAAGUGUAUGAGGAGAUCUGAAAAGAGAAGACUAAGAAAAGAAAGGAGAAGUGCGCGGAAAAUAGUCGAGGCUAGUGCUAAUUAA